AUGCCCAGAAGCCCAAAGAACACGAACAAGAAAAAGCUACAAGCACUCAAGCUGCUUAAGGCGACAAGUGCGACUGUAGUGGCAGUUGCGUCUGCUGUUGGGGACGACCGGUCGACGCUUCAUCGCUGGAAGAAGGACGCCAGUCGUAUCGCUGAAUCGAGCCCCAGUCCGUGCUUUGCCGGCCCCAAUGCGCGUGCUCACGUAUACGUGCAGCAGCCUGAGCUCGAGCAGAGGCUACUCGAGUGGAUUGUCAACACGCGCAAAAACAGAUAUCUUUGUGUGUCUACCAACUGCCUACUGCUUAUGCACUCGAAGUUCGCUCCCGCCCUCUUCGCGACACGGUCCCGGGCGGCUAGUUUGAUGUUCAUCCGCCGUUUCCUCAAGCGCAAUCGGCUGACAGUGCGGCGGAUUACUCACAAGGGCCGUAAGAAACGGUCGGAUAUGGAGGAAGUUGCGAAUGUGUUUUCGCACUCUAUCCUGCGUACCGUAGAGGAGGAUGGGAUUCUGGCUCACGUCAAUGGUCCCGACAAGUAUGCGUCAGUGUACAACAUGGACCAAACGGCUGUCUAUAUUGACAUGAAUGGACGCACCACGGUUGACUUUGUGGGCGCUCAAACGGUCGACGUCGUGCAAGGAAGCGCGAUAAACGGCUUCCGAGUGUCCGUGUUCCUUGCUGCGUCGGCCACGGGCGAGAAGCUGCCUCCGUUUGUUGUUUUUGCAGGUGUGCCCGGCGAACCCGUAUCCCAAGAGGUGUUGAACCCUGCUUUUGGAGCGGCGUCCGUCGAGCAUACCGUGCAGACGAACGCGUACUGCGACGCCACGGUCAUGCUGGACUGGAUCGAAAGGGCGACCCCUCGCGAUCCUGCCGAUACUGCGGUGUCCAGGUUGCAUCUGUAA